AUGUCGUCGCUCGAACACCAACGCACGCCUCCGUCGGAAGCAGACAUGAUUUCAGGCGAGAAAUCCGGCCUUUCACACACCGUGUCUGCGGGUGCUAUCUCAAUCAGCCCAGAACUUUUUGAAAAGUUAUACCUGACACCCAAGGUUCCUCAUGCCGGCGACAACAUCAAGCGAUUUGCUAACCCAACACCUCUUGGAUUUGUCGGCUUCGUCAUUUCGACCAUGACAUUUUCGAUGGUCAUGAUGGGCUGGGGUGGAGCUGCUGGCCUCUCGCCUGUUGUUGGAAUAUUCUUCUUCGUCGGCCCGGUCCUCCUGAUUCUAACCACAAUCUUCGAAUGGAUCAUGGGCAACUUCUUCCCCAUGAUGGUCUGCGGGCUCUUCGCAGUGUUUUGGUUGUCCUUCGGCAUGCUGCAGCUUCCGACACUGGGUCUGGCCGCACCGUACUCGACCGACGGCACCGACGCAAUCGCUGGAAGUGCUACAAAGAGCUACAACGCCGUCAUCGCCCUGUACCUACUUGUCUGGGGAUUCGCGCUCUUCACAUUCUGGAUCUUCACUCUCAAGACCAACACCGUCUUCGCCUUGAUCUUCUUGUUUGUCACCCUUGGCGCCUGGGUCCUCUCUGGCGCGUACUGGAAAGUCAGCACCGGUGAUUACGACCAGGCGCGAAAAUUGCAGAAGUCUGUCCGAGAAAAGGCGGGUGGAGCGUUGUUAUUCAUAGUCGGUUGCCUGGGUUGGUACAUGACGUUCGUCAUGAUGGCGGCCGAGAUGCGACUCGCCAUCACCCUUCCCGUCGGUGAUCUCAGCCACUUCUGGCCCCGAACCGAUGUUGAAAUGGGCAAGGCUGAAAAGGAGUCUUAA